UUGGUUAGAUUCUUCUACUGGCUUUGCAACCACUGUUUUCAGGCAUUCGAUUCGUGUGUUGGUCAUAUUGUAAGCGAGAAAACAACAGAGAGCACACUGCAGCUUCUCGAAUACAUAGCGGACCGUUUCGGCGGUAUACCGUUCCUCAAUCAUACAAUCGACGAUGACUUGGAUUUGUUCAAAAUUAUGGGACGUCUUGAAGCCGACCGAGCACUUGGAACGUUCAUGUCUUCAUGGGUCUCUGUUGACUACAAGAAUGUAAAGCAAAACGCUUUGUACAUCUCACAGGUGGGCUCUGAACUGUUUGCGAGUAGGGGGUAA